GUGUGGUUUCAAAACCAGCGAGCAAAAUGGCGCAAGCAAGAAAAAGUUGGCCCGCAAGCACAUCCUUAUAAUCCAUAUGUUGAAUCAGGAAAUACUUCAACAGCAACAGUUUGUGCUUCUUCUCUUUCUAGUUCUGUUGUAAAUUUACAGAAUUUAAAUUUUCAGAAGUCCUUAGAAGGCUUUCACUACUCAUCCUUGAGUCACGGUUCUGCUUCUGUUCCUGAGAAUAAUAUUGCUAAUCAGUAUCACUGCAUUCCUACAACACUUUUACAGCCUGGCAUAUCCUUAUCAUAUAAACAAAAUCCUUCUUUUCACACUUUUCUUGAAAGUAUCUCAACAUCCCUCCAGCCCAAGCUUAUGCGCAGUUCUUCAGUGCCUAUUACACAUCUACACUCACCAUCAGCUUCAAUAUUACCAGCACAAGUUAUACCAUCUUUGCAUUUAUCUGAGCCAGACUCUACUAUAACUGAGUCAAGAUCAUCGCAAUCAAUUUCCACAAUCAUUACUAAAAAUAGUACUUAUCCUGACCUGGAUCGUCGAAGCAACAGUAUAGCUUCUCUGCGAUUAAAAGCGCGUGAGUACGAGCUGCAUUUAAAAAUGCUUCGGAAAAAUGAGGAUCUCAUCAGUUGA